GUUUUGUAUAACUGUUAUGUAUAUACCUAUCACUGUUUUUUAUCUCCGCUUUAUAAUAGUUACCAUCUGAAUUGUGGCAAACGAACUCCUGUUCUCUGAUUGGCUGAAGUCUUCAAGUAUGAUUAAAAAGCAGCAUUAUCAACCUGGACUUUGUAGCCCACAUGAGAAAAACCCAAAGAUUUGGACGGUAGAUUAUUCUUGUCAACGGUGCCAGUCUGAGUUCUUUCGAAGAUUGUACCAAAUGUACCGUCACAAGACCUGAACGACAGGAAGAUUCAAGUUUAAUCGAAAAUAUAAGAUUUUGAAAGUGCUUUUCAGGAAAGAAGAGGCAAGAAAAAUACUGCGCAAUGGAUUCCAACAUGACAACAGUCGUCCCGAGCAACAUGACGUCUCGUGCGUCGUCUGUGUCACCAUUCACUCUAGACUUCCAAAUCGGGCUGUCAGUCUUUGCAGCCCUUCUAUUCGUGUUAUCACUGGUUUGUAACACUGUAGUCAUAUACAUCGUGUGCACGAGAAGCCACAUGAGGAACUCCACCAACAUCCUAAUAGCAAACAUGGCGGUCGGAGACCUCUUGUUAACUGUUGCUAUACCUUAUAUUGUAAAGUGGAUGUAUGUUGGAAGUACAUGGUUUAGUGAUGACUUCUUCGGUGUGUUUUUGUGCAAGUUUCUUAAUUCAGCACAGAUUGGUUCGAUUACCUGUUCGGUUUUUACCCUUGUCACUAUCAGCAUUGACCGUUGUUUGGCCAUAACGUAUCCUCUUAAGCACGUGUUUAGUGAUAAAGUCCUCAAGUUAUCUAUCGCUGGGAUUUGGAUCUCGGCGGUUGGCAUGAGUGUCCCGAUGAUUAUAGUGGUUCAAGUUAAAGAAACAGAAAAUGGAAACUACAUUUGUAUCGAAUCUUGGGGGAAAUUUUCAGGGCUGGAUGAGGAGAAGUACAUCUUAACAUUCUCGACAUGUACCUACUUCGUUCCUCUUGUACUGAUCGCCAUUGCGUAUACUAUCACUGGCAUUCGACUGUGGAAAAGAAAGCUACCCGGAAACCAAAAUCUUCUCGCCCAACAAAAAAUCCAUGCAGCCAGUAAAAAAGCCACUAUAAUGCUCAUAACUGUCGUACUGGUAUUUGCACUUUGUUGGCUUCCCUUGCAAAUUCGCGAAGUUUUGAAAUUCUAUGAACAUUUGCAAAUCCCAAGCAAACUCGACAUUGUUUUACCAUGGGUCGGGUUAUCUAACAUAGCUAUUAACCCAUUUUUAUACGUUAUAUUCUCGGAAAACUACCGAACCGAGUUUUUGGAAAUUCUAUGUUGUCACCAUUCGCAAAAAAUGGAUGUUUACCAUGGUCUACUGAGCGUUCCCGAAAGAACUACUCCGUUGGGAACUCCGAUGUUAAGCCGACGUAGUACCCAACGAAUAAGCUUGAGCCCGAACAAUGAUCGACGCCAACUGUCGCUCUCAAACCAUUCACUUCAGAUGAAAAAACUUAAUGGUAAAUGAUGAAAGGAGUUAAAAGAAAUGAUGAUAAUAGUAGUAAAAAUGUAACAUAUUUUAACCAAUAAUCACACUGGGAAGAUAAAACUGACUUCAGCUUAGCUUCGGCCUUAUUUUGAGAAUUGAUUUCGGUGUGUUCAAUGCUAAAAGAGAACGAAAGUAGCUCAGUCGAAAGUGGAAGGAAGACAAAUGAAGCGCAAAAAGACAACUAAAAGAAUUAGUAGCUAAUUAGUGGGAAAAAACUCAAGAAGGAACUGGAAAGAAGAGAAGGAGAGCUGAGGAAGAAGAAAAUGAAGGAAAAGGAUAAAAAAAAGCCGUCGAUUUUGUGUCUAAAACAGCUGGUUAGGAUAAACAUCAAAUAAUUGAUUGAUAUCCUACAAAUCUGUGAAAAAUUUACUUUGUAAUGGAAUUUUGUCUGUCAUGCACUAGACUGCUAUUGAAAACACUCCGCCAUUCAUUAAGAAUUGAUAAGUGUCUUAUGAAAAGGCUUAUGUCUACACAAAACGUCAUAAUACCAGAAGUUUAAGGCCAAAAGAAUAUUAAGCGCAUAUUCUUUUGUUAAAACAUUUAAGGGAGAUCAAGGAUAAUGAUGAAUAAAAGGUAUGAAAAGAUUAACGAAUGAAAAUGGAUAAUAUUAAACAUUUUUCAAAGGCAAACCAAAAUAAUACGUGUCAUCCUAAUUUCAAGUAAUUUUCAAGUAAAAACCCUUCUCCAUUCAAGUUUUUAGCAGUUUCUAGCAGUUUCCUGGAUUAAAUGUAAUGUAUAUAGUUCGUUGUUCUAAUAAUAUCUGGCUCGUUAGACACUUGUAGGGUGAGGUUAUAAUUAAAAACAUGCGUAAUAAGUAAAUUACGAGCCUUGUAAUAAUUAAGGAUUAUUUCCUAUACUUCAAAGUUAGGAUUUUGAGAUGCUAGAAUGAAGGAAAUCCAUUGGGUGUAUAUCUUUCCAAUUCAGACCACGUGUCAUUCCCUAGAGUAUCAUUUCUUUGUUUAACAGUUACAACGUGAACAUCAUCAAAACUAAGGAGAAAAAUUAAAGGAAAAAAUAAAUAUACUUGAAAUGGCUGUACCAGCAGUGCCAGUAAAAUGUAAACAAAUA